CUUAACCUUUGUUUUCAGUUGUAUGAAAUAAGAUUAACCAAAAUAACUUAUUGAAUAAUGAAAAAUGGAUCAUCAAAUUUAUAGGUAUGUUCGAAGAAGAUGGCAGAAGAUCUGAUUUCUGAAAAAGAUAUACAAGCAGAAUGGUUUUUAUUAAGGAUAGGGAAUUUUGAAAAAUGUGUUCUGAUACCUUUAGACAAAAAUGAAAUAAUUGUUGGAAGAAGUAGCAACAGACAUCUCAAAGAUAGUCCAGGAAUAUCUCGUAGACAUGUUCGCGUUGAGAGGACUUCCAAUGGCAGAUGGAUCAUUCAAGAUCUUCAAAGUACAAAUGGAGUCUUUGUCAAUAACGUCAAGAUUGAUUCUGGAUGUUCGUAUAACAUUCAAGAAUCUGAUAUAAUUGGGUUAGGAAUAACAUCUGCCACUUCAGAAGGACAUUUUUUAUUCAAAUUAUGUCGAAAACGGAACAAUUUUGAGAUUUUAUCUCAAAAUGUUAAUGUGGAACCAAAUAUAACAGGUAAAUUGAAAACAUCUCCCAGUCAGGAUGGUUCAGAAAAAUUUCAUUCUUUGAGUAAUCCUGUUACAAAAGAACAGAACUGUGAAGAGAUAAGUAGCAAUUCAAUUACAGACUGUAGUAUAUUGGAUAAAACUGUUCAAGUCAAAGAAUGUAUAGUAAAGUUAAAACGAUGUGAUGAUGAUAUUCUGAGGUUACAAAGAUCAAAAACCGAAAUACACAACAAAUCACCAUUAUCGAAUAGUGAUCAAGUGAAAUUGUCCAAACCUUCAAUUGAAAAGAAGAGAAGAAAGGAAACCAAUGACGUGAUAUCGAAUUGUGACCAUAGUGAAGAAUUUGAUAAUUUAAAUUUAAAAAACAUAAAGAAAGAAUUACCUGACGAAUCAUCAUCAUCAGAAAGUGAUGACCAUGACGAUUUUAAAAUUUGUAAUUUAAAGAAAAAGAAAGAGAUUCUUGGUGAAUUAGAUUGCUAGUAACAUGUAAAGUUGUGAAUUUCUUGAUAAGGCGAUGUACAGAUAUUCAGUCUGGUAAUGAGCAAAUGUUUUCGAAAUGGGGAAAUAUGCAGGGAAAGCCACUACUUCAUAUAAGUCAAAAUAUCCUUCGGGAGUGAUUAAUGGAAACUUUGCGAAAAUUCUCAGUGUUAACGGAAGUGCCACUGCAUCCACUGUUAUCCGCUGAUAGUAUUUAAAGACAUCUUCAUUUAGAGUCUUGAUCAGCGAAAUUUUGCUGGGUAAAUGUUUGUUUACUUCUGUUAGCGCUUCUAGCAACUGUGACCUUGGCAGGAAGUAUGAGCUAAGUCAGUCGGUUUCUAACAUCUCCACUGCCUGUCUUAAAUUCGUGACGCCGAUUCUCAAUUCUGUAACGGCGUUUUCCACAUAUCUAAGUGCUGUACUUAUGACGAACGUAUAAACGACGAAUGAAUAACUGAUAAACUCCACCAUACCUUUAAAAUGCAGUCUAUUUUAAACAGUUAUCGAACGUUUUCGGUCAGACGUCGAUGCUGAAGAAGGUCUGUAAGGGCUGUUUCACACUAUGACCGACUGGACAGACCGGUCCAACUCCAAGUCGUGUUAUUAUGGCAACAGCAGUUUGCCAACCGACUAGUCGUUCCAGUCGGACAGAUAUGAAAAGUUAAAUAUUUAUAGUCCGGUGGGAGCAGUCGGUGAGCUACAGCCAAUGAGAGCUUUGAAGCUAUAACCAAUCAGAGUUUAGAUUUAUCCAAUCUACGUCGAAAUUAGAAAAUGGAGGAAAGUAUGGAUUUCUCGGAGUGUUUAAUAAACAAAGUCAGAACAUAUCCGUGGCUUUACAAUAUUCGGCGAGCCGAUUAUAAAGAUAACAUUAAAAAAAAUAAUUCUUGGAGGGAGAUUUUCAAGAAACUAAACGUUGAAGGUACGUGAUCUAAUAAUGACAUGAUAUAUCUAAUAAGUUAUGACAUUGUAAAUGUAAAAUAUUUUACAUUUACAAUGUCAUAUUUUUUAGAAUCACUAGUGAAGAAAAGGUGGCAGAAUAUCUGCGACCAAUAUAGACGAAAAAGUAAAGAGGAGAAUCUUCCUAGUGGUUCUGGAGGUCGCAAGAGACAACAGUGGGCAUAUUUUAAUAUGCUCUCGUUUCUGCGAACAGGCAUUGAACAAAUAAAGUAAGUUAUCUUAUUCUAUAAAUGAUAAAUUGUAAUUUCAGGUGGAUGUAACAAAAAGAAAAGAAAAAAAAUGAUUGGGAGAAGGAAUUAUUCGACCUACUUAAAACUACAAAUACUCCCAUAGUGGAAACUAAACAUGAUAGUGAUUAUUAUUAUUUCAUGUCACUGUCAGAACGUUUCCGCGAAAUAAAAUGUAAAAAAA